AUGCUGUUCGUCACAUAUGCGUUACUAUUCUAUGGUAUUCGAGCACAAAUUCUCACCCUCAAACCUGGUAAAGUUCGAGGAUUUGAAUACACAACAAAGAGCGGUGGUAUUGCUGAGGUAUUCCUAAACAUACCAUAUGCCGCACCUCCAAUCGGCGAAUUAAGGUUUGAGAAACCAUCUCCUCCAACUCCAUGGAAAGAAAUUCGUAAUGGGACAGGUUUUGGGGCCACAUGCCAUCCGCAUGCUUAUCAAGCUGCCGUUCAACCAGCACCUAAUGAAGACUGCUUGACGCUAAAUAUUAUUCGACCAAAGAAGGAGGCACCGCAAAACGGCUUUCCCAUUCUGGUUUGGGUACAUGGCGGUGGCUAUGAGACUGAUUCGGCAAGUCUUUAUGGGUACAAAGGAUUUGCUGACAUAUACAUACCUCAUGACAUCAUUGUUGUUACCAUACAGUAUCGCCUUGGAGUAUAUGGUUUCUUUUCCACUGGUGACUCACGUAUACCCGGUAAUCUCGGAUUGUUCGAUAUGGCAGCAGCUUUCAAGGUAUGCUGUAAAUCAUCUUUACGUCUGUGUAUAUGUUUCGUGUAUUUUCAGUUCAUUUACGAUAAUGCAGAGAACUUUGGUGGUGAUCGCUCACGUAUUACUGCUUGGGGUUUGAGUGCAGGAGGUAGUGCUGUUGGCCAGCUGGCUCUUAGUCCCAUUACAAGAGGUAAGAUUAUAGAACAAUUCAGGAUGUUUAUGCAGGAUAGGGAGCGGUUUACCGCGCUUUGGAAGUUUUUCCGGUUUACU